AUGGGUAAUCCAAACGCAAGACCUAAGAGAGGGAGCAUCCGAAGAACAGAUUCUCAACAAUCCAACCACACUUACGACUCUGCAGUCUCCCCAAAGACACCUUCGAAGAGAGGAGCCCUCGACUCUGGUUCUUCUCAGACCGACAACAGCAUGGGUGACAUCGGCAGUGUUAGCUUGGAGAAGGGCUUGAUGGAGAGUGGAGUUGCGAAUCUGAGCAUCCAGGACGAGUCUUCAACGAAGCCGUCGCUCAAAUUCAAGUCUUACAAGACCGGCACUCUCAUUACCAACAACGGUGUUCCUGCGGAUGCCUUCAUUGAGGCCUUCCCGCCGCCAAAGCCAUCUCCGAAGCCAUCUCAGCUGUCUGCGACCACGCCAGCCUUCGUACCUCGCACCCCUCAACCACCUACUAUGGCUGCCAAAGGUAUUUUGCCUUCCCUAAACACUGUCACACCUGCCUUCCAGCGCGUCCAAAACCUCCUCAAUGACCUUCGUUCACCAGCCAACGCAGGUCCUAGCCACCAGGUCCCAGCCUACAACCCGUUCUACACCCCACCCACCUCCGGACCAUCACCAUUGCCCGCCACCCCUGACUACCAACUCCUCGCCCCCACCCGACCACCACGCGUCUACUACCAACGCGCCGAAAAGUCCAAGAAAGACAUUAUCGUCACCGCCAGCGGCGUGACUCGCAACGCAGUCAAAGUCGUCGAGCGCUUCCUCCCGAACGGCAGCCCGUACCACGACUACACAUCCGAAUUUGACGGUCCUGAGUACAACUUUGUGGAGGAGUUUAAGAAGAUGAGCGUCAAGGAGAAGACGGAUCUGUUGGCUCAUAAGCAGGUCGAGAUUUUGGUUAAGUUGGAGAGCUAUGAUAGGGAAGAGAAGGUGGAGAUUGUUGCUGUGAAGAAGAAGGGUAAAGGCAAGAAGAAGGUACACGCCAAGGAGGGAGAAUCUUCUCAGGGAGUUGACAACAAGGACAAAGGCAACGAGGAGGAGGAUACCACUCAAGUUGCAGAAGAGGGAGGAGCGAAGGCCACAACCGUCAUCGACACCCUUAACACCCUCGGUCCCGACUUCGCCUCCAACACCAAAUCCCUCUUCGUAACCCUCGACUUCACAUCCAUCCCCUCCUCCUACUCCUCCUCCUCUACCUCCUCCGAACCAACCGCAAUCCCGACCGGCCCCCGCGGCACCCCCACCCCCUUGUUGACCGGCCCGCUCUCCUUCGGCCUAGUCUUCGCAUCCAUCACCUCCCUCGUGCGCGCCCUUCAGGCCUUCACCGCCCUCAAACACAUGGUCAUCAACCUCCGCGUCCUCUCCGCCCACAACUCCCGUCCAAUCAGCAUCCCGCAGUUGACGCUCGUGCUCCCGUUCUACGAUCUGGGUUUCACGGACUGGAAGGUCAGCUACUGCACGGAGUUUCUGACGAGCAGCAUCCCGGUUCGCGAGUGGGAUUAUCCGCUGAAGUGGUUGGACCGCGAGCGCAAUAAGAUCCUGAGGGAGCGGGAACGCAAGCUUGAGGGUGCUGUUUUCGUCAGACGAAGCAGUGUUGAGGGCAAUGUUGCGCGUUGGAAGAACCAGAAGUGAGGACAGGGCUUGGAUCUGGAUUGCACGGAUCUCGGUCUUUCUUUGUCAUUGGGCUGGUGGAGGGUGGGACAUUCGUGGUUGAUCGAUGCAUGCGUUUUCGUUAAUUUCAAAAUUCAUUCAAUCACUGAGAGGGGAUGAUGAAGGUGGAAGUGGCAAAGCAUAAUUGGCGUUUAUUUUUCAAUGCGCCGAGAUACCCUUGAACAAUGAAAUGCCUUG